GUGAGAAGAAGUUGCAAAAGAUUACAAAGCGAUCAUAAUAAACGUCGCCGGUGUCCGACAAGAGCAAAAGAACAUAGUAUCAGCAUUCAGCAAGCGGCGUACUCACAAAAAAUGCUGUUUAGGUAUUGCCUAACAUGCCUCAAAUUCAACAGUUAAGGCGUCUCGUUCCCAACCAUUUCCCACACUUUCCCGCCACCCAAACAAAACCUUUCGGCACGCUAUCUUCCCUCUUGAACCUCUGCACAAAACCCCAACACCUUCAACAAAUCCAUGCCAGGUUCACCCUCCAUGGCCUUCACCAAAACCCGGCACUCUCUUCCAAACUCAUCGACUCCUAUGCCAAUCUUGGCCUCCUCCAUCUCGCCCAACAAGUCUUCAAUUCCAUUAGCAACCCAAGUUCAGUUCUUUACAACGCGAAUUUGAGAAGUUUGUCAAGGUUUGGUGAACACGAGAGAACCCUUUUGGUGUACCAAGAAAUGGUCACGAAUUCCAUGUACCCAGAUGAAGAUGCUUACCCUUUUGUUCUGGGGUCAUGUUCUUGUUUGCCAGAUGUUCAAUAUGGGAAAAAGGCUCAUGGGCAUGUGGUGAAACUCGGUUUUGAUUCAUUUGAUUUGGUGGAUACUGCUUUGGUAGAGAUGUAUAGGAACUGUGGUGAUUUUGACAAUGAGAACGAACUGGUUGUGAGAAAGUCUGUAUGUGAUUUGGGUUCUUGGAAUUCUUUGAUUUUUGAGGCUUCUCAAGAUGGAAAUGCCGAGGAGUGUUUUCGGCUUUUUGAGAAAAUGAGAAUGAAGAGAGUCGAGCCUGAUUCGGUUACUAUAAUUAACUUGUUAAGGUCAAGCGUUGAUCUGCGCUCGUUACAGGCGGGAAAGGCUAUUCACUGUUUGGUUGUUGUGAGCAACUUAUGUAAGGAUUUGGCAGUGAAUACCGCACUAUUGUCCAUGUAUACCAAGUUGGGUAGUUUGGAAGUUGCACAAUUGCUAUUUGAGAAAAUGCCCGAGAAGGACUCUGUUGUUUGGAAUAUAACGAUAUCAGCAUAUUCUCGAAAUGGGUACCUCGAGAAAUCCCUUGAACUAUUAAGGUGUAUGGUAAGAUCAGGGGUUAGACCUGAUUUAUUCACAGCAUUACCUGUGAUUUCUUCAAUUACACAGUUAAAGUCUAUUGAGUGGGGCAAACAAUUGCAUGCCCAUGUGAUAAGAAACGGUUCAGACUAUCAAGUAUCAGUCCAUAAUUCUCUUAUUGACAUGUAUUGUGAGUGUGAUUAUUUGAAUUCUGCAAGGAAGAUUUUUGACUCAUUGAUAAACAAGACUGUGGUUUCAUGGAGCGCAAUCAUAAAAGGAUAUGUGACCCAUGAUAAGUCCGCUGAUGCUUUGUCUCUCUUUGCCAAGAUGAAAGCGGAAGGAGUAAGAGUUGAUUUUGUUAUAGUUAUUAACAUUUUGCCUGCUUGUGUGAACAUUGGGGCACUAGAAAAUGUAAAAUACCUUCAUGGUUACUCAUUGAAAUUCGGCCUCAACCUACUUUCCUCUGUUAAUACGGCACUGCUCAUCAGCUAUGCAAAAUGUGGAUGCAUAGAAAUGGCCCGGAAGAUUUUUGAUGAGGAGAAAAGCAAUGGAAAAGAUCUAAUCAUGUGGAACUCUAUGAUCAGUGCAUAUGCUAAGCACGGAGACUGGUCUAAAUGUUUUGAGUUGCACAACCAAAUGAAGCAUUCAAAUUUUAAACCAGAUCAAGUGACCUUUCUUGGGCUAUUGACAGCGUGUGUAAAUUCAGGCCUCGUUAAAGAAGGGAAGGAGUGUUUCAAGGAGAUGAUGGAAACCUAUGGCUUUCAACCAACCCAAGAGCACUACGCUUGCAUGGUGGAUUUAUUAGGGCGUGCUGGGCAGAUGGAUGAAGCCAGAGAACUCAUAGAAACUAUGCCUUUCAAACCAGAUGCUCAGGUAUGGGGGCCAUUAUUAAGUGCCUGUAAGAUGCACUCGGAAACCAUGGCUGCGGAGUUUGCCGCUGAGAAGCUUAUAACUAUGGAACCGAAAAACGCUGGAAAUUACAUAUUGCUCUCCAAUAUUUAUGCUGCAGCUGGAAAGUGGGAUGGGGUCGCUAAAAUGAGGACCUUUCUUAGAGAUCGAGGAUUGAAGAAAACCCCUGGCUCUAGCUGGCUAGAAGUAAAUGGACAUGUACAUGAGUUUCGUGUUGCUGAUCAAUCUCAUACUAGGUCAGAUGAUAUAUACACCAUUUUAAGAAACAUAGAGUUGGAAAUCAAGGAGGCUAGAAAGAGGAGUUCAGAAAUACAGUCUUAAACUUCAAUUUUGUUCGUCGGAGAAGUUUUUGAAAAGAUUUUACCCUCUAUGAUGUUUCUAAAUGCAGAGUGCAUCUGAUUGCCAUUAAUAGCCUUGUACUGAGAUGGGAUUCACAUGGAUUGAUGUCACAGGGAGGAUUUUGGUUAAGUUCAAAUUUUAGCUACCAUUUCAUGGAGCUUUUUGAUUAUCAACCACCUAAGAUAAGCCAAUUUUCUUGUUCAGAUGCUUCUUUUCAUGGUUUGCCUUGGAUAUUACUUUGAUCCUUAAGCCAGCCCCAAACAAUCAGUUGAAGGCGAUCUUUUGUGGUCUGGCUCUUUCUCCAUUUGAGCAUCCUCUUGCUGCCCUAUCCAUAUCCAAGCCUUCUGCAGUAGUCGAAGACGACAUAGAAUCAUGUCAGAAAGAAGUAAACAAGUUGACCUAAAGCCACGGUGCCUAGAGCUCACACUAGCCAUUGCAGAAUUCCAAACAAGUUGAACUAAAACAAGCUGCUUCAGUGAUUCGAAGAGUACCUUGGGCAACAAACUAUUGCAGAAUUCCAAGAGAAACCUAGAAUUCUUUCUCAGUUCCCAGAUUCAUCCUUCUAAAACUAUAUGAGUUGCUUUUAAACUAUCAGAACUGCUCUGAUCACUUCACUCUGUCAGUAUCCGUUCAACAUCAUAGUAAAGGACUCGGGGGAAAUUUCAGAACACCAUGUAUUUACCAGUACAUCUGAUACGGCCCAAGAUACAUAGACCAGAAGAGUAAAUGAAAAGAAAAGAAUUUGUUAUUUAUUAUUUAAUAGAUUUAAUUUUAUUGUUGUUUUA